UAGUGCUAACGAUAUUACGCAGCUUCUCUCAUUUUUUAAGGGACGGGAACUUCCGUGCUUGCGCAGUAGGAUGCACGUCUGGCGUGAAGAAAACAUAAACCAUCACAUUAGGGCGUUAAAUAAAGAUUUUGUAUGGAGGACCUUAAAAAAUCACUGAUGCCGCUGUUUGGAAAUACAUUCAGUCCGAAGAAGACUCCACCUCGCAAAUCUGCAUCUCUGUCCAGUCUUCAUAUGUUGGAUCGUUCAACGAGAGAAAUAGAGCUUGGUCUUGAAUAUGGACCUCCUGUCAUGAACAUAGGAGGCCAGAGCUGGAAAUUUGAGGAAGGACAGUGGAUAGCAGAAUCUGGAGGAAAUACUUCUAGUAAGGAGGUGCAGCGACUUAAGAAAAGAAAUUUGCAAUUGGAGGAAGAAAAUAACCUCCUAAAAUCAAAGAUUGAAGUUCUGAUGGACAUGCUGACUGAAACUACAGUGGAGUACCAUCUGAUGGAGAAAGAAAUCGAAGAUAUGAAAACUCAACAUCGAAGAAAAAAAUGAUAAUUAGUCUAGUUAGAUUUCUCCUUUGCUACUUUGCCUCAUUUUGUAUUCAUAGAUAGUUUUAAGUUGUACAUUUUUUUUAAGAAAGAAUGGAAAAGUCAAUAAAAUUAAAAUCACGAGCCAUUUUUUUCCUCACAGGAAUUUAACAGAGUAUAACAGGAUUCAGCUGCUUCCUGUCCCAUUUGUUAAAUCACUUGUUUUUAUCUGAGAUUAUUUCAAAAUGCAGCCCAUCUUUUAUCAUCUUACAUCUGAACUGUGUUUAAAAACAACUAAGAUUCUCUUUAUAAUUCUUAUGUUUACUGCGCUUGUUUUCUUUUUAUAAAAUCUGAAUAAAAAGCUGGAAAAUCA